GAUGUCCCAGAGUCAACAACCAGCAAGCAGCCGGAGAGGGGAAGGAGAAGCCGGAGAGGGAAAGAAUACGGCGCCCCCUCUCUCCCUCCCCUCCCCUCCUACUUGAGUCCUUCUGCGCACUUCGCUUCCAAGUCUCCGCGCAGCCAGGAGCCACCGUUGCCUCCGCAGCCCCCGGAGCCCAGCACAGCGAGCACUGCCGCCCGGGCCCCCCGUGGGGCCAGGGCCCCCAAGGCAAGGGACCGGCAUGGAGCACCUGGGUCCUCCACACCACCUCCACCCCGGCCACGCGGAGCCCAUCAGCUUCGGCAUCGACCAGAUCCUCAACAGCCCGGACCAGAGCGGUUGCAUGGGGCCCGCUUCACGCCUGCAGGACGCGGAAUACGGUCUUGGUUGUUUGGUCGGAGGCGCCUACACUUACGGCGGCGGGGGCUCCUCCGGUGGAGCAGGGGCCGGGGGCGCGGGGGCCUACGGUGGCGGCGCCAGCGGCCCUGGCGGCUCCGGCGGCCCAGCGGGCGGCAGUGGCGGUGGCGCCUGCAGCAUGGGCCCGCUGGCCGGCUCCUACAACGUGAACAUGGCCUUGGCGGGCGGCCCCGGUCCAGGUGGCGGCGGCAGUGGCGGGGGCGGCGGCGGGGGCGGCGGUGGGGCGCUGAGCGCAGCAGGAGUGAUCCGGGUGCCGGCUCACAGGCCGCUAGCGGGAGCCGUGGCCCACCCCCAGCCCCUGGCCACCGGUUUGCCUACCGUGCCCUCUGUGCCUGCCGUGCCAGGCGUCAACAACCUCACCGGCCUCACCUUCCCCUGGAUGGAGAGUAACCGCAGAUACACCAAGGACAGGUUCACAGGUCACCCCUAUCAGAACCGGACACCCCCCAAGAAGAAGAAGCCGCGCACGUCUUUCACGCGCCUGCAGAUCUGCGAGCUGGAGAAGCGCUUCCACCGCCAGAAGUACCUGGCCUCCGCCGAGCGCGCCGCCCUGGCCAAGGCACUUAAAAUGACCGACGCGCAGGUCAAAACCUGGUUUCAGAACCGGAGGACGAAGUGGAGGCGACAGACCGCCGAGGAACGCGAGGCUGAGAGGCAGCAGGCGAACCGCAUCCUCCUGCAGCUGCAGCAGGAGGCCUUCCAGAAGAGCCUGGCGCAGCCGCUGCCUGCCGACCCCCUGUGUGUGCACAACUCGUCACUCUUCGCCCUGCAGAACCUGCAGCCGUGGUCUGAUGACUCCACCAAGAUCACCAGCGUCACGUCUGUGGCGUCGGCCUGCGAGUGA